GUCAAAACAGGGAAAGCUAGAUCUUUGCUAGACCACGUUUUGUGGCUUCUAUUCGCUGUGGACUGCUUUCAAAGAACCUGGGAGACCUCCGAGCUACGCAAUGGAGUGGUUGACCUUUGAGGAUGUGGCUGUCAACUUCAGCAGUGAGGAGUGGACUUUAUUGAGGCCAUUCCAAAAGAAGCUCUACAGAGAUGUGAUGGGGGAAACCGUUAGGAACAUGGCUGCUAUAGGAGGACUUGGGGAUGAUCGAGAAGCUGAAAAAGAAUGCAAAAUUUACUGGAGAUACUUAAGAAAUGACAAGCUAGGGAAAUCUUAUGGACAUAUGUAUUGGAAUCAGUGUAAAGAAGUAUUUCUUUGUACCGCAGAAGGUAAUGUGAGUAUGAAAGAAACAGAAACAAAACACCAUGUUCAGAUCCAUGAAAAAUAUUGCAAUGGAGGGAAACAUAAUUUAUUUAAGCAAUGCAGGAAAGGUUUUACUACAUAUGGAAUAUGUAAGAAACUUAAAAUAAUUCACAGUGGAGAGAGACUGUACAUAUGUAAGCAAUGUGGGAAAGCUUUUACCCAUCGUGGACAUUGUAAGCGACAUGAAAGAAUUCACACUGGAGAGAAACCCUAUGUAUGUAAGCAGUGUGGGAAAGCUUUUACCACAUGUGAAUCUUGCAAGGAUCAUGAAAGAAUUCACAGUGGAGAGAAACCCUAUGUAUGUAAACAAUGUGGGAAAGCUUUUACCACACGUAGACAGCAUAAGAAACAUGAAAGCAUUCACACUGGAGAGAAACCCUAUGUAUGUAAGCAAUGUGGGAAAGCUUUUACCUUACGUGAAAAUUGUAAGAUACAUGAAAUUAUUCACACUGGAGAGAAACCCUAUGUAUGUAAGCAAUGUGGGAAAGCUUUUACCACACAUGGAAAUUGUAAGAGACAUGAAACAAUUCACACUGGAGAGAAACCUUAUGUAUGCAAGCAAUGUGGGAAAGCUUUUACCACACAUGGAGUUUGUAAGCAACAUGAAAGAAUUCACACUGGAGAGAAACCGUAUGUAUGUAAGCACUGUAGGAAAACUUUUACCACACAUGAUCAGUGUAAGCAGCAUGAAAGAAUUCACUCUGGAGAAAGACCCUAUGUAUGUAAGCUAUGUGGGAAAGCUUUUACCACACAUGGAAAUUGUAAGAAACAUGAAAUUAUUCAUACUGGAGAGAAACCCUAUGUAUGUAAGCAAUGUGGGAAAGCUUUUACCACACGUGGAGAGUGUAAGAAACAUGAAACAAUUCACACUGGAGAGAAACCCUAUGUAUGUAAGCAAUGUGGGAAAGCUUUUACCUCACAUGGAGGUUGUAAGCAACAUGAAAGAAUUCACUCUGGAGAAAGACCCUAUAUAUGUAAGCUAUGUGGGAAAGCUUUUACCACACAUGGAAAUUGUAAGAAACAUGAAAUUAUUCAUACUGGAGAGAAACCCUAUGUAUGUAAGCAAUGUGGGAAAGCUUUUACCACACAUAAACAGUGUAAGAAACACGAAAGUAUUCACACUGGAGUGAAACCCUAUGUAUGUAAGCAGUGUGGGAAAGCUUUUACCCAACGUGAAAAUUGUACAAAACAUGAAAGAAUUCACAAUGAUGAGAAUCCUUAUAAAUGUAAGCCAUGUGGGAAAGCUUUUACCCAAUACAGACAUUGUAAGCCAGAUGAAAAUUUACAGUCAAGAUAAACCCAGUGCAUAUAAGCAUCAUGAGAAUGGUUUGAGCACAAGAACAUUUUGGAUAAUGCAUGAAAACCUUCACACUGGGCAGAAAACUUAUAUGUAAGGAAAUUGGGAACAUUUCAGCAGAAAUGCUCUUUGUCCAAUACAUGAAAAAAUUCACACUGUUGAUUAUCCCUAUGUAUGUAAAGAAUGUGGAAAAGCUUUCACCACACAUGGAUACUGUAAAGUACAUCAAUGACUUCACACUGUUGAGAAACCCUACGUAUAUAAGCAAUGUGGCAAAGCUUUUACCACAUACAGACAUUGUAAAACACAUGAAAGUAAUCAUACUGGGGCGAACCACUGGCUAUGUAAGCAAGGCGAGAAACUUUGAGCAGCCAGAUUGAAAGUGAAAUAUAUGAAGAAACUCACUGGAAAUGAAUCCUGUCUUUUAUGGGAUUACUCUCAGCACACAUGAUGAUUGUUAGAUAUCUGAAAGAGCUCACUGGGUAGAGAUCCUAUGUGGAUUUGCAAUGUGAGAAAUGCAUCAGUCCAUAUUUGUUGUUAAACAUUUAGAAAAAGCGUCACUGCUUAGACUGUUUAGAUCCAAGUUUACUUUUAAAAUCACAAGGAGACCUGAAGAAAUAAUCAAUACUGAAAUUUGAUGUCAAUAUUUCUUCACAAAUUUUCCAGAAACUUCAAAUCUGAGGUGGAGCUCUCUUCAAGUACACAUGUUGCAUGGUUUUCAGUUAAUCACAUGUACCUCUCUAGAUUUUUUAAAGUGUCUUUGUGUUUCAACAUGGCAUCUUGUAAUUAAACAUGGUAAACCUAAAUGUGCU